GUACACACCUUCUACCAACGCACUGAGCGUUUGGUUUCCUUGGAAGGUCAUCAAGCCGGUCUGAUCGCUUACUGUGCAAGGACGAUAAUUCAGUCAUGUGUUAGUGUGUUAUAGAAACUCCUGCUUCCUGAACAAGAACCGCGACCACAACCGGAUUUUGCCCUGACUGAUACUCCUGCAGUUACUAAAUGUGUCCAGAAAGCAAAUUGUAAGACCUGCAGUAUGUGUGAUGAAGCCAAGAGAGCCGAGCCCAGGACCAAUGGCAAGCAGUGCUCAUGGGCAUCCUACAUGACCAACUCCCCAACUUUGAUUGUCAUGAUUGGACUGCCAGCCAGAGGCAAGACCUACAUGUCAAAGAAGCUCACGCGCUAUCUGAAUUGGAUCGGAGUUCCUACAAAAGUUUUUAACCUGGGGGUUUACAGAAGGGAGGCAGUUAAAGCGUACAAGUCUUAUGACUUUUUUCGACAUGACAAUGAAGAGGCCAUGAAAAUAAGAAAGCAGUGUGCUCUGGUAGCCCUGCAGGAUGUGAAGGCUUAUCUGAAUGAAGAAGGAGGACAAAUUGCAGUGUUUGACGCAACAAACACAACCCGGGAGCGGCGGGAUCUGAUCCUGAACUUUGUAAAGGAGAAUGCCUACAAGGUGUUUUUUGUCGAGUCUGUUUGUGACGACCUGGAUAUUAUCGCUGCUAAUAUUAUGGAAGUGAAGGUGUCGAGUCCGGAUUACCCCGAAGCACACAGAGAAAGGGUGAUGGGUGACUUCUUAAAGCGCAUCGAGUGCUACAAAGUUACCUACCAACCGUUAGACCCCGAUGAUUAUGACAAAGACCUGUCCUUUAUUAAGGUGAUGAACGUGGGUCGGCGUUACCUGGUGAACCGCAUACAGGACUACAUCCAGAGCAAGAUCGUCUACUAUCUGAUGAACAUCCGUGUGCACUCCCACUGCAUCUACCUGUGUCGGCAUGGCGAGAGCAACCACAAUGUGCAGGGUCGCAUCGGGGGCGACUCGGAGCUCUCGCCCCGUGGCAAGCAGUUUGCAGCAGCUCUGCGUGGGUUCAUCAAGGAGCAUGGCCUGUCCGAUCUAAAGGUGUGGACGAGCCAACUGAGGAGGUCCAUCCAGACGGCUGAGGCUCUGGGAGUGCCGUACGAACAGUGGAAGAUCUUGAACGAGAUUGAUGCUGGUGUCUGUGAGGAAAUGACCUAUGAGAUGAUCCAAAACGCGUUCCCAGAAGAGUUUGCACUAAGGGACCAGGACAAAUACCAUUAUAGAUAUCCAGGAGGCGAGUCUUAUCAGGACCUGGUCCAGCGUCUGGAGCCUGUGAUUAUGGAGCUGGAGAGACAGGGAAAUGUUCUGGUGGUCUGUCAUCAGGCUGUUAUGAGAUGUCUUCUGGCUUAUUUUUUGGAUAAAAAUGCAGACGAUCUGCCGUACCUGAAGUGUCCACUGCACACUGUUCUGAAGCUCACUCCUGUCGCCUAUGGUUGUAAAGUGGAAAUGUUUUAUCUGAAUGUGGAGGCGGUCAACACACACCGCGACAGACCAUUGGGGCAAGCUCGUAGGAGUCCAGCCCCCCUGCUGCUCCGGCGGAAUAGUUACACCCCUUUGUCCAGUCUUGACCAGGUCAAACGACCGCGUCUGUACAGCGCUGGGAACCGGCCUUGGCUGCCCCUCGCACCCUCCCCCUCAGCCCUGCACUUGCCUGACACUCCCGAGGGGGCGCUGCACCACAGCCAACCUCGAGUAACAAGCAGUUUUCUGAACCCAUGUGCGACGGAAUCGUCUUUGAAAACCCAGAAGACGGCGUUGACUGUUUCCGCUUCUGAAUAAUAUCAAAAGCUUGGAGUCGCUUAAACAACGCACAACCUAAACGCACUUCUUAGAGCCAGAUAUUUGCAUGUGCACUUUAAAAAGUUUUAAUUUUGCAGCCAGGCUUUAACACAAUUGUUCGCAUGUGUGUGUCAUGAACAAAAGCAGCUACUAUAUGAUCAUAAAAAUAACCUGUGAAGGAUGCUGUUUGUCCAGGUAUUAAAGUAUUUAUUUAAACGGGCCCCUAAAACAAAAACAUGAUCUUCACAUGGUUUACUCAUUUGUGGUGGAUGAAAAAAAAAUCUGAUGUUAAAGGUUUAAUUUUAUUUAUGCUAAAUCACAUUUAAAACAAAGACUUGGCAGGUACUCCAGAAAUAAAGGAACCAAAUACUGUGAACGUGACACAUCAGGUUACAUAUUAAAGCUUUACAGCUGUGAUAUUUCAUGUCAGACACAUUUGAUAUUAAAAUGUAGGAAACUGUGUUUAGUCACAGAACCUACAUGCUGAGAAAAGCAAGCUAGCUAGUAUAGUUAGACUUAAGAUCAAACAAAAACAGAUUUUGUGGUAAGGUUUUAUGCCAUGGGCUUUAAGCUAGCUCACUAAUUGUGGCUAAUGUUACAUUAGUUGAAUGUUACAUCAGUGCGCACUCAGCACUCAGGAUAAAAUAAUAAAGGUUGCAUCAGGAAAGGUGGACGGUAUAAAAUUGGGCCAGGUCAGGUUUUAAUGAUCCUCUGUAGCGAUGCCUAAGGAUUUUGGGAGCAGGUGUGUGUUUAAAAUGGAUAUACAGUAUGCACCGGUGGAUCAGUUCUUCUUUCCCCUUACUGUAUAUAUGCAUACAGGGUAAACAUUAACUAAACAUCACCUAAACAACAAUACUGUAAUCUGGCGAGUUUCCACUAGUAAAUGACAAAAAUGACAAUGUUUGUAAUCUCUUGUAUUAAUUUUACUUACGCUCAAGUGUACACUCAAUACUUUUUUAGAAACACAUGCAGAAUCCCAAAUUACUUUUCUUUUUACUAGCUAAACUUUCUCCCUGUAAGAUUAUAUAAGCGCCUUCUAGACCCUACAUGACUGCAUUUUGAGAUUUAGCCUUUGUUAUUCAAGCUAAAUGCAGUGGAGUAAUUAUACAUUUUUGUGUUUAGAAGUUUAAUUAAAAUGAAAGUAAAAAGUCACCAAAUUACAAUUACUUAACCAAAAAUGACUUUAGUCAAAAUCACAAUUGUGUACAAUCAAAUAAUUUAGCUGAAACUAUGAUUUAAAUCGAGACUCCGAGAGUGAGAACUCACAAGCUAACAUUGUUUUUAGCGGUUAGCUACAAUAGGAUAACAGGGGGCCUUUCAGCUUCAUACAAUCCUAGACUCUUUUUAAAUACUGUCUUAAUGCUAAUUAUUGUCUUAUUAUUGUAAUUAAACAUAAGAACUUUAACUUUAACCAAAGAAGCUUAAAUUCUACACUGAAAUGUGUUUACCUAAUACACUAUGAACAGACACAGUUAUUAAUGAAGCAUUUACACACAUUUGAUCAACAUUUUCUGUAGCUGUUCUUUAUCUGUGACUAAAUGGAAGUGUGUGUUCUGUUUAUUCAGUCACAAGAAAAACAGUUGCAGAAAUCAUAAAAAUAGCCAAAAGUAUCUGGACAACUGCUCCAGUCUAACCCUGGACAUUUAUAUGGCUUCCCCUCUUUUCCAUUUGUGGCGAUAACAGCCUCCAAUCUUCUGGGAAGGUUUUCCACAUGACUUUAUAGUGCGUUUUUGGGAAUUUCUGCCCGUUCGGUUGAGCUUUUUUGAGGUCACGCACAGACAUUUGGCAAGAAUGCCUGGCUUGCAAUUGAAGUUCCAAUUCAUUCAAAGGCUGUUCAGUUGGAUUUUGGAUCAGGGCUUUGUGCAGGCCACUAAUAUUUCCUCACAAUAAAUCUACCAUGUUUUAAUGGACCCAGCUGUCUGUACACAAAGGGCCUUCCCCAGUCUGUUGCCACAAUGCUUGGAGCACAGAAUUUACAUGGCUCACAAUUCGGCUAUAUAAGUUUACAAGUGUAUGUAAACUUUUGACCUGACAGUUAGGUCCUGGAUUGUAUUUGGCAUUAAGGGGUAACAAUGCAGGCAUAAAACUACACCUAAAGAUUUGAACAAAGAAAUAUAUUUUGUAUAGUCCAACAAAUCACAGGAUACGCACAAAAUAUUGUCUAACUGUUAAAUGUACACAUUAUUAAUGUGAUCGGGGUGCCCUGCUCAGGUACAAGGUAAAGUUGAAGUGAAAUAAUAUGUAAGUUUCUCAUUUCAUUGUACAAAUGUAUUGAGUGGAAUGUUAGUGGUAUAUCAGCAGAGCUGUAGGACCAGGCCAUGCACUAUGUAAUCUGUGUUUUGUAUACAAAUACUUAUAUUGCAGAUGAUACUAUAUAUAUAUACUGAGUUAGAUUCCUCUGUCAGAUUAAUGCACGGUUCGCAUCACAUCUAACCGACUGUCUUUUAUUGUUUCUGUGCCGUUGGGCAAAACAGGGCCGUGCCAAUACUCAAAUGUGUUGCUGUGUAAAAUCAGGCUAUUUGUGUGACAUAAAUACUAUCCAAAUACACGA